AUGGACCAAGAAAAACAUUUCGAUGGAGAAAAAGUAGAAAAAUUUGAUAUAAAGAUAAAAUCUAAACCAAAAGAUGGAGUUAUAUUGCAACUCCACCACACUGUUCGAGAUUCACACGGUGAAUACCGACGAAUUCGUUUUUCAACUGCUGUGUUUGACGAUGCUCAGGAAAAACUUGCUUGUGCUGAUAAUGCAGGAAAUUUAUUUAUAAUUGAUUUUUGUGAUUUAAAAUUUUGGAAAUUAGCUAAUCGUGGCCUAUGUACAGCUCUUCAUUUUAUACCAAACAAAUUAGAUGGUUUAGUUGUCGCCACUGCAGAGCAGUUCAGCCUUAAUUUUAUAGAUGUAGAAACUGGUAGUAAGUCACAUAUGUUAAUUGGGCACACAAGCCAUGUAAAACACAUUUCUUUUUCCAAAAGUAAGAUGAAUAAUUUACUGACUGCUAGUCAAGCAGAAGCUAUUUUAUGGGAGCUCAAAAAUUACACAAAGUAUUUUACCCUAAAUACAUACUUAGGUGCUCAAAUUCAACAAAUAAUGUUCACCCCAGCUGGUGAUUACUUAGUUGCAUGUUUCCAAAACAAUACAGUUCAAAUUUGGAAGCAUGACACUAUGAAAUCAGUUAAACAGAUAAUACCGAGUGAAUUAAAGCACAUGAAAAAUAUUGCAUUUACAAUGAAUGGACGGGCAAUGGCUAUGGCAGGGCUGGUACCCACUUUGAUUUUAUUCAGCAUGGACACUUGGAAAGUUUUGAAGUCUAUUGACUUGACUAAGUAUAAUAUCAGAGGUGUUCAACAAGUUGCCUUUAUCCCACAGUUGUUUGAUGGUGGCUCUAAUAAAAUAUUGGCAAUGUUAAGUAGUGACUGCAUUCUUCACUUAUUGGAUUUAGAAGCUCUUAAAAUUAUAUACACAAUUUGCCCUGAGUCAUCAAGUAUUAAAAAGAUUGUUGUUAGUCAAACUGGAAAAUUCUUUCUUUGCAUUUUGCAGCUUGGAGAAGUUAACAUUUACAACACCUCAUUGGUUCUGGACAUGGUAAAGAGUGCGAUAUUGGGCCCUGAAACAAAAGAGGUAUCUACUUCCUCCACCAUUACGUACAAGUGUAAUCCCCAACAACAUUCAUUCAAUAAAUUAGCAGUUGAACAGAAGAUGCGAGCCUGUAUGGAUAGCUCAAGGUUGAGGAGAAUCCUGAUGCAGUAUGGAGAAUAUCCUGAUAAAUUUCGUUCUGUAAUAUGGAAGUCACUUCUUAAUACACCUCGAAAUAAAGUAGCAUAUUCAGCUUUAGUUGAUAAGGGCAUCCAUCCAGCUUACAAAAAUAUUGAGAAACAAUUUACAAUACACAGUUCUAUUACACUUAAAAACUUGAAAAGAUUACUCUCUUGUCUUGCGAACUGGUGCCCUUUAUUUGGAGUUAUGAAAUUUUUACCAGCUUUUGUCUUCCCUUUUGUUAAGGUAUUACAAAAGGAUCCCCUUCUGUUAUUUGAAUGUGUUGCUACAGUCUUAAUGAAUCACUGUCAAUUAUGGUUUGAAUAUGCACCAUUCCCACCAAUAAGUGUACUGGCUAUGAUUGAGAAUAUUCUAGCAGAACAUGACCCACAACUUCUUGACCAUUUCUGCCAGUUUGGGGUAACCAGUCAAUCAUAUGCUUUGAAGGUCUUAGAAACAGCUUUCAGUGAGGUGCUUACUUGUUCCGAAUGGUUAAUUCUUUGGGAUCACAUUCUUAGUAAUGAGCCUGCAUUUAUUUUGAUGGUGGUUGUUUCUUAUAAUAUUGUCCAAAAAAAUGCACUUAGAAAAUUAAAGAGUCACGACCAGCUUGAAAACUUUUUUCAUUUGCAGAAUCCCAUUGAUAAAAAGACAUUUCUUAAAAAGGCUUAUAUAUUAUUGAAUGAAACUAGUGAGGACAUCCAUCCUCGGAGAUUUUUCAACAGCUUUGUUUCAUUAGAGAAAGGUGAUUGCUAUCAACAGUUUACUGGAUAUCCAAAAGCUACAAUAUGUCUGAAAUUAGCUAAAAAUGAGAGAGAAAAGGCAACAAGUGCUAACAAAUGUAGUUUGAGGGAAUUGACAACAAGAAGUCAAGAGAAAAUAAUAAAUGAGAGGUUGAAAAAUGAUUUUGAUCGUGAUGAUAGCGAUAAAGAAUGUAGAGAAAAACACUUCAAAAAACAUAGACGAAAGAGUUGUGUGCAUUUGCAAAGCAAAGGUGACUGCAAAAAUAACACAAAAGAAGAGUUGAUAAACAGUAUUUUAUUUCCGCCUGAACUACGAAUGCAUUGUAAAAGAAAUGCCGAAUCAAAAUGUAGUAGACGACAAAAAGAAACACCACGAUCUUCAAUGAAGAGAUGUUCAGAUAAGAAACGCAUACUAGAGAAGGAGGUGGAAAAAUUGGUAAAGAGAAAUUCUGACAUAUCCGAUUAA